AUGCACAAUGCCUACAAAUGUAUAAAAGAUGAAAAUGUCUCAGUGUGUAGAGCUGCUAAGAUUUUUGGAGUGCCUGAGCAGACCCUUAGGGACAGAAUACAUGGUAAAAUUGAUCCGGAUUGUGUGACUACUGGAAGGGCCCCUGUUCUUUCUCUGUAUGAGGAGUCUAAAAUAGUUGACCAUCUGAAAACGAUGGCUGGGUACGGGUAUGGAUAUACCAAACAAGAAACAGUUGACAUUGCCACUGACUAUGCUAUCAGAUUAAGUAAACGAACCAAAUCCAACCCGCUUACUCUGGCUUGGUUUGAAGGUUUCAGAAACAGAUGGCCAGAUGUGAAAGUACACAAACCAAGAAGUUUGGAACAGCUGAGAGCAAAGAUGGCAAAUGAGAAAAACGUGAACACUUACUUUGACAACCUCAGGGGUACACUAGACCAGUAUGAUUUACAUGACAAACCCCACCUCAUUUUUAAUAUUGACGAAAAGGGUAUCUCGUUGGACCAUAAACCACCACAUAUUGUUCAUGUACAUGCUAAUCCACCUGCAGUCACAACUGGAAAGAGCAAAACAGUCACUGUCUUUGGCUGCGGUAGUGCCAGUGGUGUGGCCAUUCCGCCCUAUUUUGUAUUUGCAGGAAAGCGCAUGAAUCCUGACUUACUGGCGGGCAAAUGUGCUGGUGCAGAUGGAACAGUAAGCGAGACCGGCUGGUCCAAUGGUGCUAUCUUCAGACACUGGAUUGAACAUCAUUUUAUCAAGUACAUUCCAGGUCGCACCAAUGAACCUGUUCUACUUAUGUUGGAUGGUCACAAGUCGCAUGUUUCUGUAGGGUUUGCAGAGUGGGCUCUGGAACAGAAUAUUGUCAUUUUUGUCUUGCCUGCUCAUUGCUCCCAUAUUCUCCAACCCUUUGAUGUUGCCUGCUUUGGACCCUUCCAAAAAAUCUAUAACAUCCAGUGCCACAAGUUAAUAAGGGAAACAUCUGCCACUAUUUGUCGGUACAAUGUGUGUGAGCUGGCGUGCAAAGCAUACACUAAGGCUGUAUCCCCUGAAAACCUACAGUCUGGGUUCAGGAAGACUGGUAUAUAUCCCCUGGAUAAAGCUGCCAUACCUCAGGACAAGCUUCUACCAGCUGAUGUCUACCAGGAGUCUGCAGAAUGUAGUCAAGCUAGUGAAGCUUCUACAGUGGAAGGGGGCAUUGAAGUUAACAAAGAUGAAGGAUGUAGUGUCUUCAUGAAAGAAAAAGAGAAAGAACUUAAGAGAAAGAAAUCAGAAACUGAAAAGCAGAGAAAAACAAGAAAAACUAUGAGCAAAAUAGUGUCAGGAAAAGAGAUGUCUACAGAAAGUGUAAUAGAGCAAAUGAAAGAACAUGAACUAAGUCAGAAAAAAAGGAAGCCAGAACAAAUGCAAACAAAGGAGAAGUCAGUUUAA